AUGGAGGAGAGUUAUCUUCCUCUAAGCACUAUUCUCGACACACCACCCGAUACCUUCAUGGAUUUGGAUUAUAUGGACGAGCUCUUGCUCGAAAGUAAUGCAUCCGAGUUCUCUCAGUUCGAUCCCUCGACUUCCAUCUCCCCUUUCGAGCCCUCGUUCGUGUGGCCCGCUCUCGAAACCAACGAGGGCCCGUCUAACGACAGCCAACAGGUAGACAGGCAAAGAUCUUCUUUCUCCAAGAACCUAUCCAUCAGCCAAUCUCAAUCUAGUAUUGUCCCCCGGCCCGAAAACAGUUUUGUCGAGGCCCAGAGGUGGUGGAUCGGGCCUUGGCCCUCGAACUCGGUGCUGGACCGGUUGAAUCAGGCACUCGAGCACAUUAAGGAGCGGUCGAGGGAUAAGGACAUGCUCAUCCAAGUGUGGGUCCCGGUCAGCAAAGACGGGAAGUGUGUCCUGACCACACACAACCAGCCGUUUUCGCUUGACCUCAACUGCCAGCAGAGGCUGGCCCACUACAGGGAUAUAUCCGUCAAUUACCAGUUUGUUGCGGACAAGGAUUCUAAGGAAGUUGUCGGGCUGCCCGGACGGGUUUUCAUGAAUAGGGUGCCCGAGUGGACGCCCGAUGUCCGUUUUUUCACGUGGGAUGAGUACCGAAGGGUUGGGCAUGCUCAGAAGUUUGACGUCCGGGGAACGCUUGCAGUGCCGGUUCUUGAACAGGGGAGCGGGAGUUGUUUAGGCGUGAUUGAGGUUGUCUUGACCAAGCAGAAGAUACAGUUCAGAACGGAGAUUGAGAGCGUCUGUGAAGCUCUCGAGGCCGUUAAUCUCAAGAGCGCCGACGUUUCAAGCAAAAACAACGUCAAGACAGUCGAUUUACCUUACCAACCCGUACUGCCCGAAAUCCUCGACGUCCUGAGAUCCACAUGCGAAACUCACGGCCUCCCUUUGGCCCAGAUGUGGGCCCCAUGCUCAUCCCGGGUCCAGGGCAGGUGCUGGCGCUGCCCGGAUGGCAUCUCGGAUAACUGCCUCUCACCCGUGGAGCUCGCGUGCCACGUGGCAGACCCUCGUAUCCGGGACUUCCACGAGGCGUGCGUGGAGCACCACCUGUUGAGGGGCCAGGGUAUCGUCGGCAAAGCCUUUGGUACCAACCAGCCUUGCUUCUCGCCCGACGUUUCCGCCUGCAGCAAAACCGAGUACCCGCUGUCCCACCACGCCCGCAUGUUCGGACUCCGUGCAGCCGUCGCCAUUCGCCUGAGGAGCGUCUCGAUUGGCCCAGACGACUUUGUGCUCGAGUUCUUCCUGCCCACGGGCUGCGUGGACCCCGAGGAGCAAAGGAAGAUGCUCGACUCGCUUUCCAACACCAUUCAGAAAGUCUGCCGAACUUUACGUGUCGUCACGGAUAAAGAGCUGGAGGAGGAGCAGAGUCUGCCUAUGAAGAUAGGGAGCGUUAAAUCGGAGGAGAGUUUGCUGGUCGAGAAUAAUCGGACGGUGGAGAAGAAACGGGCCCGAGCCGAAAAGACCAUCACUUUGGAGAUUCUCAGGCAGCACUUUGCCGGGAGUUUGAAGGAUGCCGCCAAAAAUCUUGGUGUUUGUCCGACAACCUUGAAGAGAAUAUGUCGACAGCACGGAAUCCAACGCUGGCCGUCUCGUAAGAUCAAGAAAGUGGGCCACUCCCUGCAGAAGAUCCAGCGCGUGAUCGACUCUGUUCAUGGCGCCUCGGGUCUCCUACAAUUCGAGUCCUUCUACACCAACUUCCCCGACCUCGCAUCAUCCCAAACGACCACCCGGCUUCCCGAUCCCAAAUCCCCGGCCCGCAGCCCGAGGCCCGCAGACACCUCCUCGUGCAGCCAGAACUCGAGCUCGAGCCAGUGCUACUCGAGCGAGGCCCAACCCGUGGCCUACUCGGCAAGUAUCCCAGGCCAUGAAGGCCCGAGUGUGAAGGACGAGCCAGGUCAAGGCCCGGUCAACGGAAUCGAGACCAGACAGAAUCUGCAACCAUCAGUCGACGGUCCCCGAGAAAGGGGCGGUCAAAGGGUGAAAGUCAACUAUGGGGAGGACACGAUCAGGCUGCGGAUGCAGAGCGGUUGGGGGUACGUUGACUUGUUGCGGGAGAUUACAAGACGGUUUGGAGUGGGCCCGGGAGUCGAGUUUCAUCUCAAGUAUUUGGAUGACGAUGCUGAGUGGGUCCUGCUGACGUGUGAUGAUGAUCUGGCCGAGUGUGUGGACCUGUGCCGCUCGUCUGGGGCCCACAUGAUUCGUCUCGUGCUAGUUCGGAGGUAG